AUGGCGCACGAUCUGCUGGCUGACUUCAUGGCUGUCAAGAAGUAUGGUGCAUGCCAGACACAUGGCGACUGUGCAUCCACGCAGCGCUGUGUCGGCCAAACGUGCAUGGAGAUCACCAGUGCCUACCAUGCGGCCUACGGCACCGGGCUGGCGGAGUCCGGUCCCGGCGGCACCUUUGAGGUCCUCCCCCGGGACCGGCUGCCGCAAGGUGUGGGCGGGACCUACACCGAGUCCCACUGGGACUACACUUCGGGGCAGGUGUUCCUGAAGUCGCGCACGUCGGCCCGCGAGGUGGGCGAGCUCUUUGGCGGCAUCGCCAUCGGGGCCCUGUCGGUGGUGCUGCUCGGCCUGGCUUUCAACCUCCUCUCGCGCAAGUUGAAAACCGAGUCCGACAUUACUGCCGCGUUGGGGGUCCUUGGCGCGGCGCACGCCUUUGGCGAGUAUGUCCGCUCUGCUGGCAUCGACACCAAGACAUUCGAGAAGGACGUGCUCUUUGCGCUCUUCGACGCCGAGGCCUUUGCCCUGGCCGGGUCCUCGCGCUUUGCCCAGGAGAUCGUCAACUUCAAGUGCGACAAGUAUCCCAAAGGCACGGACACCACGACGGCCGAGUGGUGCGAAUCGCCCUACCGUCAGUCGCUGGCCUUCCGCAAGCUGUCCAUCAACUCGCUGGCGGCGCACUUGCACCUGACGCAGCUGGGCACCGCGAGCCCCUUCCCCGGGGACCCGGCCGCCGGUGAUCCGGCCGACCAGCUGCCCGCCCUGGCCCAGCUCUUUGCGCAUGUUCACAAUGCCGACAUUGGCAGCGACGCGGUCAAGUUGGUGGAGCUCCUGCGCAAGUUGGCGGUGCUCCUGCCAGGCCCGGCGGACUCGUCGUCACCGUCAGCAUCAUCGUCAUUGUCCUCCUCCUCCUCCUCCUUCUCCGAAGCCGACUCCUCAUUGUCCACCGGGUCUGUGUCGACGUCGGGCUCGGGCUCGGGCUCGGGCUCGGCGCCGGCUUCGGCCUCGGCUUCGUCCAGCGCACCGGCCGGCCCGGGGGACCUUCCCCUGGCCGUGGUCCCGGCCUGGGUCCCGGUGCAGCGUCACCAGCCGCCAGCCAGCACGCACCCUUUCCUCAUGUACCAGGACACCAUUGCUUCGGUGGUCCUGUCGGACUUCCAUGAGCACUACCAGCAGACAAACUACCACUCCCAGCUGGACACCGCGGCCUCGCUGGCCAACAAGAACGCCGUGCUGAGGAUGAUCUGUGACACGUCGACCCUGAUUGCCCGGGCGGCCUUCUCCUUGGCGACAGGUGCCGCGGACCCGGCAGCCGUCCCGGCCGCCAUCCAAGCCAACUGUACCAUGGUCAAUGAGCUUUUCGACUGCAUGACCACCAACAUCUCGUGCCCGCUGCUGGCGAAGUACUUCACUGUCGCCUCCGACAACACCCGGCUCAACUACUACGCGGGAGUCUACCGGCCGGGCUUCGUCAGCUCCCAGCGGUUUCGUUUUCACGCCUCCCCCUCGCGCCGUCCGGCCUUCCAUGUCCCUUGGUGCAUUGUGGCUUCCAGUGCUGACCUCUGGUGUCCUCCUCCCCCCCCCCACCCCCGUCUUGAUGCCCAGGGCACCGGUCUGAACUUCCGCUCGUCGCCUGUGCCGAUUGCUUCGCUCCGGCCGCAUGGCACCGACGAGGAUGAGGACUCCCUGCGAGCCAUCCUCCAUGGAGCCCGGUCGAAUGCGGGUCUCAACUUCAAGGGCGAUCGACUGCAUGCCAUUGAGAUGCGUUCGUUCAUGCAUGCGACCGGGUCCUCCGGGCAGUGCCUUCGUCGGAAGCAGUGUGACCCGCUGGGCGGGCACUCGGCCUGGGCCGCCAGCCGGCCUCUCGGCCCCGGCGCCAGCAAGCCCCAGUCCUUCGUCCUGAUCAGCGCGGCUCUCGAUACGAAUGCCUUCUUCCAGGACCAGGCCUUUGGCGUGGGGUCCGACAUUACUGCCGCGUUGGGGGUCCUUGGCGCGGCGCACGCCUUUGGCGAGUAUGUCCGCUCUGCUGGCAUCGACACCAAGACAUUCGAGAAGGACGUGCUCUUUGCGCUCUUCGACGCCGAGGCCUUUGCCCUGGCCGGCCGCCCUGGCCGGCAUGCCGUCCGGCCGGCGAUCCUUCUCCUGGCGAAAACCCUGUUGCUGGCCCUGCUGCUGGCCGGGCCGGCCCCCGCCCUGGGGGACCUCAUCCGCGCGACCGGCUCCGGCGCCGGGGCCCCGCCGACCAAGGCCACCAGGGACAUCCAGAAGAACCUCCACUCGGAGAUCUACCAGGAGACCCUUCUGGAUCCCUGCGUGCGGCUGCUCUCGGCCGAGGGCACCUUUGGCUGUCAUGCCCCCUCCAACCGGAAUGGCGUCCUUUAUGAGGCGAAUUCCGUGGCCGACGUGGACCUCCUCCUGCAGGACCAGGACCUCGAGCGGGCCGGCCCCUUCGUGCCGAUUCUACCGGUGAGCCUGUUCUCGGAUUUGGCCAUCUUCGAGCGCCUGGUGUCGUCGCCGCGUGUGGCCGGGAUCCUGCCCAGUGCCACUGCGUGCGCCCACAUGCAGAUCGACCGGCGCGACUCCCGGGUCACAGUGCUGCAGGCCAUGUCGAUGUCCGACCUGUCCGGGCCAACGAGCGCAUCUGCGCUCGCCGAUAUCAACUCCCGCCUUGCCAAGCUCGGCUUCGUCCAUGACCACCUCCCCGGCAAGCCGGCCACCCUGCCGCGCGCGGCCAGCACCACCGACUAUGUUCCCCCCUGCCACAAUGUGGGCUUCUGCAAGAACCACCAGCACUACUUCCUGAAGGACGCGGAAUUGGGGCUCCUCUGUCUGACCCUGCCGCGGGAAACGUGCACCCUGGAGCCGGCGGACAUGUGCGCCAUCAUCCGCACGGCCGGCGGCCGGUCGGUGCUGCCCAUCCGAGCGGACCUGUACAAGGCCGAGAAGAGCAAAUCCUCCGGCAGCAAGUUCCGCAUCAGCAACUACGAGGCCCUCAUCAACACCAUGCUCAGCGAGUUCAUCCGCCACCACCGCCUGGGGGCCGUGUGGCAGGAGCCGCUGGCCCGGCGUGCGGACAGCAACUUCCGCGCGGUGCGCGUGCCCCUCGGCCGGCUGUGCGCCCUCUUCUCGCGCCUCGACCGGGAGUACCUCCACCGGGGGGUGUCUUCCUUCGACGUGUUCCUGGAUGCCGACUCGCCGUCCGUCACCGGGCACUACAUGACCCUGCUGAAUCCGGAGCUGCAACUUUCCCCGGCGGCCCUGGUCAGCAAGAAGAACCUCCUGCAAGACCACGCCGGCAGCCAGAAGAAGAAGCUCCCGGACGAGGAGGACCUCCAGCGCCUGGCGCACCUCCAGCCGGCCGAGGCCCUCAAGGCCCUGGAGCUGAAGCUGGGCCGGCAAAAUAUCCAGGUCGUUUGCCAGAAUGUGGCCGAGCUCCUGAGCAGCGAGCGGUCCUUCCUCCGGCGCGUGACCUAUGCCAUUGAGCAUUCGCUGCCCCGGUUGGAGACCUUUGCCCGGGGCCAUCCGGAUUUGAUUUCCACCCACGACGUGCAGUUCAUCUUUUCCGGCCUGCACCGGGUGGUGCAGCUGAACCGGCGGUUCUUGCAAACCUUCGAGGUGGCCACGCGGGCCUUCUUCGAGGAGCAUGGCGCCCGGGAGAUCCUGCAAAUGCUCUUCAGCCCGGAGGAGGUGGCUCGGUCGCCGGUGCAGCCGGUCGCCGACCCGGCCUCCGGCCCGGCCGCCCCGACCGUCCUGUCCUGCUUGUCCUGGCUGGCCCACCGGCUGGAAGAGUACAAGCCCUACAUCAGCAGCAUUGUCACCUCGCUCGAGCGGCUGACCAAGCGCACCGAGAGUUCGCCCCAGCUGGCGGACUUCCUCGGCGGGCUGGCCUCCACCGAGGACCGGCUCCAGCUGAAGGACCUGCUCAUGGAGCCGGUCCAGCGGCUGACUCGCUACGACAUGCUGGUGUCCAACAUCCUGCAGCAUUGGGACCUGGACUCGGUGGACUUCCGCCAGCUGCUGGCCAUCUAUGUGCAGGUCCUCCGGGCCGGGCGCAUGAUUGACACGUCCACCUUCGAAACCAAGGCCAUGACCGAGACCAUCAACAUCCAGCGCCGGGUGCUGGACUGCCCGCCGACCUUGAUUUCCUCCACGCGCCUGCUGCUGGGCAAGGUGGCGGUCAAUGUGCUGGACCCCUCGGACAACACCCACACCAAGUGCCGGGGCAUGUUGUUCCUCUUUUCGGACGCCGUGAUGAUGGCCUUCCAGCGGUCGGUCAUUGCCCAGUCGUCCUUCCGCAUGGAGCGCCUGUGUGACUUGAAGGAUUUCAGCUUCGACUUGCUGCAGUCGACCCCCGGCGGCCCGGUGGACCUGGUGGUGGCCAACUUCAGCCCCAACUCGGCCGGGUCCUUCCUCGGGGCCAUGGUGGGCCAGGAGCUCCUGGACAGCCCGGCCGUGGUGAGCGCCUCGGCCAGCAGCGCCUCCCUGGUGGCCGGGUCCACCGACAGCUUGAACACCUUCGGCGGGGUGCCCAUGUCCCCGGGCGGCGGGGAGGACAUGUACGGCGGUGGUGGUGGUGGUGGUGGCAGCGACACGGCCAGCAUCACCAGCAUCAACAGCACCUUCGCCAGUACCGGCGGUGCGGCGGCCCUGCCGCCGCACAUGGCCCCCCUGUCUGGCGGCGGGAUGACCAGCCUGCGCCGGUCGAACUCCAUCUCCUCGGUGUCCUCGCAGGCGUCCAUCUCCUCGGUGGCCACGGUCAUGACGAUGUUCUCCUCGGGCGGGUCUUCCCGGUCGACCGGGGUCCGGAGCUCCGGCGCCGAGGACACCUUCGUCCUGCAGAUGGUCGGCGAGGCGCACGAGGUGGACAUUUUCGUGCGGCUCCUGCGCGCCAUGCACCCGUAUGCCAGCCGCACGGCCACCACCCACAGCCGCCUGUGUGACGACCGGGUGGCCCGGUACCAUGUGCAUCGUCUGUCCGAGGUGGACAACUUCCUUCUGGACACCCGCUCGCAGUCCCUCUCGGCCAUGGUCAUCCUCUCGGCCGACUCGGACCUGGACACCUGCUUCAAGGAGGACCUCCUGAAGGAGUACUUCUCGCUGGCGGUGGUGGUCAUCGAUGCCCAGCGCGACACGGUGUCCUAUGGGAUCCGCUCGCGCAUCGAGCAUGCCCUGGCCGGCGACGACCUGACCAUGAUUCGGGUGCACUGCAUGCCCACCUUCUCCGAGGCCAAGCGCACCUCGGCCAAGGGGGCGGCCUCGCUGCCGGACUACGCCGGCCAGCCGGCCUACGACAUCAACACCUUCGGGUCGAGCCUGUCGCGUAAGAUGCUCUCCUGCCAGUCGGCCAUCGGGCAGUCCUUCUGCUCCUUCGACCUGGACAUGACCGGCACCUAUGGGCUGAUGCUGCACAACAUCUUCAGCCCGCUGUUCGACUAUGCGUCCAAGCCGCGCAACCGCCUCCUGCGCAGUCGCGGUCGCUUCAACACCACCUGCUUCACGGUGCUCCCCUCCACGGUGCAGGGGUCCCCGCUGCGACUCUUCCACGGCCAGCAGGCCCACAUGCGGGUGAAUGGGCUCCUGGCUGGGCCGCCGCCGGUGGGCACCGCCCCGGCCAGCCCCCGGCCCACGCGCUCCGGGUCCACCUCGAGCAGCCUCUUCCGGCGUAACUCCACCGAUUGCCCCUCGACGCCGGGCGGCACCGAUGACUCCGGGCGCAAGCAGUUCGGCCCGGCCGCCGGCCACGGGACGGACUUCUUCGCCUCCGGCGGGCCGGAGGACCCUUCGGGCAUCCCGCCCACCGCCUCGGUCACCGUGGCCACGACCCCGGUGUCGCGUAGCCUGUCCACCAGCCGCGCCACGCCGCACUCCUCCAAGAGCCGCUUCACCGGGUACCUGGACGAUGCGGCCGAGUCGGAAAUCGCCCCGCCGAUGAGCAUCGCCCCGGGGACCACCCCGCGGCCGGCCAUGCGCAUCCAGCGCCUGCCGACGCCGGGUGGCGGCGCCGGCGGCGGUGGCGGCGGCGGCCCGGCCGGUGUCCCCGGCUCGGACCUCGGCAUGAACCCCCUGCUGCCGGGGAUCCGCCCGCCGCCGGGGCUGACCCCGCACCGGCCAAACCGCCUGUCGCAAAACCCCCCGGGCAUCCCGUCCUCCCUUUCACAUGUGUCCACCGUUGGUGGGACUCCAGGCUCGGGGGUGGCCCCGGCGCUGCCGUUGCCUGGGCGGGCGCCACUCCCGCCGGCCGGCGCGGAGCCCGGUGUCGGGGAAGUGCCUCCGGCCGGGGCGGCGGUGGCCCCGGCCCCGGUGCCGGUGCCGGUGGUCCACACCGCCGUCAGCGCCAGCACCACCACCACCACCACCCCGGCCAUGUCCGCCACCGGUGGCGAGCAGCCGACCGACGCCGGCAUCCCGAGGAAGCAUGCCGGCCCCACCGGCAGCAGCCCCUUCAGCGAGGACAUGAUGCUGGCCCCGGCUUCGGCCACGUCGCUGACGUCCGAGGCCGAGGACGCCCUGAGCCCGGGUGAGGCCCCGGCCACGCCGGUUCGCUCGCCCUCCAGCCUGCCGACGGCCAGCGGCGCCGCCGGCGCCGCGGAGUCCCCGCUGCCGGGUUUGGCCGACCUGAGUCUCGCUUAA